UCCCGUCCGCACAGGCGUUCAGCAGUUCCCGUCUGACGUUCUUACCGUUCGCACUCUGUUCGUCGUGUUUGUGCUGUGUGAUUUAUUAUUAUUAUUAUUUUUUUUUUUUGUGAUCGCCCGAAGUGUUUUGAAUAUUCAACUUUCCGUCACGCCUUAUAACAAUAAUACUGCAUUUUUUUAUUUUUAUUAUUAAUUGAAAGAAGAAAACGUUUGUUGGUUUUUUUUCUUAUCCGAGUACGACGUUUCGGUUCGAAGUGUGUUUCAACCGUUUGGCCGUUUACUAUGGCAAUCAUGGACUCGAAUCCGGAGAGCAAUCAGUACCAGUAUAUUCAAGACACUUCUUUAGCUUCGUUGGACUCCAAGACGAGCCCACUUGCCAUGUUGGUGAGGACCUGCAGUCAAAUCGGCGCCGAUCCACCGAUGGCGGCCACCGCUAAGUCGAAAAAACCCGCCGCCGCCGCCGCCCCUGUUUCGGCUAUAGCCUCCGCCGCCGACCGGCCACACAGCGCGUCACCGGCCUCCGCGGCCGUGGCAUACUUGGGCCACGGCGCCGCUAAGCACCAUCGGACUAACAUCAACAACAAUUACAUGGAGGAGACUCCCAAACCGGCAAAGUUAAACUUUAAACCGUACGAGAACACCGUGUCGACACCGUCACCGCAUCACCAUCUGCAGCACGCCGUACAUCACCAACAUCAUCACCCUUCGCCCUACGGUCUGCAUCAGCUGCAUUCCAACCAUCACAGUAGCAAUAACAAUAACAACAACAACGACGACGAAAGUCGGCCAAAGAGCAGUAGCUCGGAAGAAAAUGGCAACAGUGCGAGCCACGGCAAGAAGCGCAAGUCCGCUUCGCCACGUGACGAAUAUGGUGGCACGCACCACAAGAGCAGCCGUCGGUCGUCAUCUUCGGCUUCUUCGUCUGAAACCGCGGCAGCCGCAUCCACCGCCUCCACAGCCACCGACCCGUCCACUAACCCCAUCAUACGGUCCGGUCUGGAAGUGAUGCACGGCGCCACGGCCAAAGCGUUCUGCCCACCGCCACCGAUGCCCGCCCACUCGCCGUACAAACCGCAUGACCCGCUGGCCGCCUUCCGUCACACGUACCUACCCGGCGCCCCGUGGAUGCCGGCUGCCGUCUCUCUGGCCGCGGCCGCAGCGGGCAAGGCGUCUCCGUCGUCCGACUGCAAGGACCCUAUGUGCGGCGGCUCAGCCUCCGGUUGUGGCCAGCAGCAGCAGCAUGCGGCUGCCGCGGCCGCGCUGGCGUUCGCCACCCAGUACCAUCCGAUGAUGGCCGCGGCCGGCGCUUGUCCAGCCGGUUGCGUGCAGUGCGACCACCAGCGAUACCUGUCCUCGCUGAUGGCCGCCGCGUCCGUACCCGCGUUCUACGCACCUGUGGCCCGCCCGUACACGUGCAGCUGGGUGAUUCCCGGCGGCCACAUGCAGUCGUCGUCGCCGGCCGCCGCCACCGAAGCGGCCACCGGGGCCUCGCUGUGCGGCAAGAGCUUCAGCACGUCCGACGAACUGUUGCAGCACAUCCGCACGCACACGUCUGCCGGCGGUAGCGCCGUCUCCGCGGCCGCUUGCAUGGCCGCCGGCGCCGCGGGUCCGAUGUCGCCCACCACGGCGGCCGCGUUCUCCGCCUACAAUAGCCACCUGUCCCGGCACUUGUUCCAUCACCCGUCCGCGGCCUCAGCUUACGGCAAACCGCCAUCCAUGAUGCCGCCAUCGCCGUACAGCGCGUUCAACCCGACGGCCGCGUACUGCUACCCGCCGCCGUCCGCGGCCGCAGCAGCCGCCGCGGCGUACCAUCACCAUCACCAGCAGCAGCAACAGCAUCUGUACUCGCCCCGCGGCGACACGUCUGCCGCCACCGUCAGCCGUUAACGUCAGCAACGUUUGCACAACAAUUUAUUUUUAUUUUUACAUCAUCGAUAUAUAGUGACACUGUGAUAGCCGCUUAUAUUGUAUAUUAUUAUUAUUAAUCGUCUGGCAUACCGAUCGGCAAAUAUCGAUAAAUGUGCGACACGACGUUUUUCUCACUCACUCUCUCUCUCUCUCUCUCUCCCUCAAUAUCCGAACGACACUUUAAUGUAAUUCGUUUUGUUAUAUUAUUAUUACUACCAUUAUCAAUUACAAUCAUCAUCCUCGUAUGACGGGUAUGCUUGGUAGGUACCUACCUACCUAUACUAUACUUACAAUUCGUCUUUUUUUGCCCACCCGCGGGGGGGGGGGGACUCGAGAGCGAUACACGGUUUGUGUGUGUGCGCGGGUGUAUGUAUAUUAUAAAAAUGUGAUGUAUUUUAUUUAAUUUAUUAUUUCGUGUAAUUAUUAUUAUCAUAUAAUGUGACCCUCCUCGGUCUUGCAGGAUACGAUAUAAUGAUUUUUUUUUUAUUAUUAUUAUUGUGUUUUUUUUUUCAAAAUUUUUUUUCGUUAAUUAUUGUAGACGCGUCGCAUGCAAUGCCACCGCACCAACACUAUAAUACUACUCUAUUGAUUUAC